AUGUUCGAUCGUAUCUCUAGUCCCCGUCAGCGAAUAUCCAUUCCUUUGCGAAGCCCUCCGAUUCGAGAAGUCAGCGAGUAUGAUUUAGAUGAGCUGGAACCCAGGAGUGACGACGUUCUCUUCGACCAGGAAACCCCUCGCCCUAGACUUAGAAAGAACACGCAACCUGCAUCAGCUACAUCUACUCGUCGAUCUUCUUCACCUGCCUCAUGGGAUAGCAAACAUCGCUAUUCCAAUUCCCCUCCUCAUACCAGAUCUAAACCAAUCUUUGCAGGACCACCGCCUCCGAUCGCAUCGUCUGUCAUGAUGAAUCAACACACAUCUCGGCAAUCUACAGUGUCAAGUCACGGCGAUAACGGAAGGGGCUAUGGAUUAAUUUCAGCCAGUAGGUUUGGGUCGAGUAGCCAGAGCCAGAAGCAUGUGGAUAAUCGACCACGUCUCGAUUCAAUAUGGAGAAGUUUACAGAGACGAGAAAAGGCCCUUGAACGAGACAUCCAGCAACUCUUGGAUCUUCAAGCGUCAGGCCUGAUUGCUGGCAGUGGAGAGGGAGGAUCCGAAAGCAAUUUUGGAAGUGACACAGGGACAGGAGAGAGCACAUUUUAUUCCACGGCUACAUCCAAGUCUCGCAUGAUGAACUCAUUACAUAGACCCACCCAGUCUACAGCAGAUGGAAAUGUUAUCCCCGUGAGGCAGCCUGUGUCAAACAAGCCUCGUGGUCUCAAGUCGGCUCGAGUCGGCCUGCAACGUGCCAUGGCUGCCUUGUCUGAGCUAAAGACCGAGGAAGAUUUACAUUUGAGCACUGCCCUAGAGCAAAGAAAAGAUGCGUUGGCUUAUCUUGAUAAGAUGAGUAAGAGACGGGACGACAUUUACUCCGAACUUCAUGCGCUGGAAGACGAUGAGGAGGAGCCUUUGGGUCAAGAACUCCGAUCGCUGCAAGCAGAACAGCAAGAACUAGACCACGAUAUUCAACGUCUCGAAGAAAAACUCGCUGGAGCAAAGAGACGCCGUAGAUGGGUACGCGAAAAGAUUGAAGAUGUCAAAGGUCGACGAGAGGCAGGUUUGAGUGGAUACAGGGCAGCUGGCAGAGACGUCGAUAUGGAGGUUAGAACAUUGAUGCAAACGCCGCCAGUCAUGCCGUUGGAUGUCGAUGCCCUUGGUCACGGCGAAAACUCGCGACAGAAAGAAAACAUGGAUGUCUUGCGAGGUACCGAGUUUUUACAACUCCGCCCCGAACGCCGUACGGUGGAAAUGGCAAGAACGUGGUGGCAAGGAGAAAUCACUGCCCUUGAGCGCCGCAAGGCGCAAAUUUCAGAAGAUCGCCAGGCUUUAGUUGAAGGCUCAGAAGUAUGGUCUGAUGUCACUGGGCUGGUCGCACAAUUUGAGGCAAAACUGCGAGAGCUUGUGAAGGCUAGCCAGGCUGGGGAUGCCGAUGAAGAGCCUCAACAAGCCGCCAUGCAAAGUCAGCUGUCUGAAAUGGACGAUGUCGUCCAGGAGUUACAGAAGCGAUUGCAAUUGGCUGAAUCAAAGCACUGGAAUCUUCUUAUAUGCGCAAUUGGUGCUGAGCUGGAGGCGUUUGUCGAAGCCAAGGCUCUCCUGAGAGACACCCUUGGGCUCCCUGAACCUGCCGCUGCAAUCGAUUUUCCUGGGCACAGUGAUUCCGCAGACAAGACAGAGGAAGUGAGCCAAGAGGAACGGGCGGAAAGUCACGAUGAGAGCGAUAACGAAGUUCCCGCCGACUUGCUAGUCUCUCGAAUGGAGGACCAUGAUCACGAUCCUCCGGAAAGUCCCCAGCAGCAGAGUGUGGUUUUGACACGAGGCAGCACAGGAAAUAAUGAGGUACCAGCCGAGUUCUUAGCAGAGCUUCACGAUUCGAACAAGAUUGAAUAG